AUGGAUAAUACACCAACUAUACUAGAAGACGAGGAUUCUCAAACAUUACGAGAUGUCACAUCGGACAGUGGAGAUUCUGAGUAUGUUUCCAACGACGACAAUAGCGAUGAUUCAGCUGAUUAUGAAGAUUACGACGAUCUGGGAGAUCAGUCGUAUGAAUGUCAAUCGUGUGGUGCAAUGAUGUGGUACGCUGGGCGCCUUGAUAAGCACACGAACACAUCGAGACCCGAGUUUUCUUUGUGUUACCACAAAGAUAAAGUACAACUGCCUUAUAUGAAAAAUGCCCCACCUACUCUUUCCAAUUUACUUUUCGGUACGGAUAGGCAGAGCAAACACUUUCAGGACAAUUUUCGUUCUUACAACAUGAUGUUUGCUUUCACAUCACUUGGCGGAAAGGUCCAAACAUCUAUUAAUACGGGUGCUGGACCAUACACAUUUUUACUUCAAGGUCAGAAUUACCACCUGUUGGGUAGUUUGUUACCAGAGGAAGGUGCACGACCUAAAUUCGCACAACUUUACAUCUUCGAUACGGAGAAUGAAGUCCGCAAUAGAAUUGAUGCUGUCAGGUCUGGAAAUGGCUCGAACAACCUUGAUACUCAAAUUGUUGCAUCCUUGAAGGAUAUGAUCGACGAGAACAACGUCAUUGCUCAGUCGUAUAGAGCUGCCCGUGAUCGAUUUUCGAGAGAAGGCCUGCAAGGUGUUAAGCUAAAGCUGGUUAAGAGUCGUAGCACCGAUGGGAGGACUUACAAUCUCCCUAAUGCGAGUGAGAUAGCAGCGUUGAUAGUUGGAGAUUUUGACACGCAAGAGGGUGUUAGAGACAUUGUGGUUGAGACUCAGUCCAAGAAGCUGCAACGCAUUAGUGAACUGCACCCAUUGUACCUGCCGUUCCAGUAUCCGCUCAUAUUUCCUUACGGGGAAGAUGGAUAUAGAGAGGAUAUUGACUUGAGAGAAUCUUUUCGAGGUAACAGUGGAAAACGAAAGAACUUAACCAUGCGAGAAUACUUUGCUUACCGUUUCCAAAAAAGAAGCAUCGACAGUCCAGUACUGCUGAAUUCAAAAAAGUUGUUCCAACAGCUUGGAGUGGACGCGUAUUCUAUGAUUGAGUCGCAAAGGUUGAAUUUUAUUAGGCACAACCAGGACCAGUUGCGUGUGGACAUGUACAAAGGCAUUGAAGAACGUUUUUUCAAAGGGGACACUGAGGGAAAAUCAGUUGGAAAACGCAUAAUUCUGCCAGAUGUGUGUACUAUAGAAUUUCAGAAGCGUGGUCUGCCUCAUGCACAUAUAUUGUUGUGGUUGGAUAACGAUGCCAAACCUAAGUGCUCCGCCGACAUCGACAGGAUGAUCUGUGCGGAAAUUCCAGACAAAAAAACCGACAGAAAGAUGUACAACUUGGUAGAGAAAUACAUGAUACACGGCCCGUGCGGCCAUGCGAAUUUGAAUUCACCGUGCAUGAAGGAUGGCGUUUGUACGAAGAGGUUUCCAAAAAAGUUUGUACAGCGAACCGAGGCCGACCCUGAUGGUUACCCAGUAUAUAGGAGAAGGGAUGAUGGAAGAACGGUUAGGAAGAAGAAUACUAUUCUUGAUAAUGGAUUUGUGGUUCCCUACAACCGUGUGUUAUUGAGUAAAUAUCGAGCCCACAUCAAUAUUGAGUUGUGCAACCAGAGCAAGUCAAUAAAGUAUUUGUUCAAGUACGUCAACAAGGGACACGAUCGUGUCACGGCAAUAUUUUUCCAACCUCCGUCUACGGACGCUGAUCCUGCUGUUCGUGAUGAAAUCAAAAUGUAUUAUGAUUGCAGAUAUUUGUCUGCGUGCGAGGCAAUGUGGAGGAUAUUUGCAUUUGAGAUACAUUACCGAGAUCCACCCGUCAUUAGAUUGAGUUUCCAUCUCCCCGACAAUCAACCGUUGGUAUUCAAUGAGAACCAAUCAUUAAAGAGUGUCUUGGAAAGGCAAACCGCGAGGCAAACCAUGUUCUUGGCGUGGUUCGAGGCGAACAAGACCUACCCACCAGCUAGGGAGUUACGGUACGCAGAGUUUCCCCAACAUUAUGUGUACAAGGAUGAUUCUCGGGUGUGGGUGCCAAGAAAGAAGAGGUUUGCCAUUGGAAGAGUCACCAAUGUGCCCCCGACAAAGGGAGAAGACUUUUAUCUUAGAUUGUUGCUCAACGUCCAAAGAGGGUGCAAACGUUACGAGGACAUCAGAACGGUGGGUGGCAAUGUUUACGCGACGUUUAGGGAUGCGUGCUAUAUUUUGGGGUUGUUGGAAGAUGACAAGGAGUACAUUGGUGCAAUUAGAGAGGCAUACGGUUGGGCAAACGGACACUUCCUCAGAUUGUUGUUCGCUGUUAUGUUGCUUUCUAAUAGUUUGAGCAGACCGGAACAUGUUUGGGAGAAAUGUUGGUCCAAUUUGUCUGAUGAUAUUACAUACAAGCACCAGAAACGUCAUAAUAAUCCAGAUUUGACUCUAUCGGAUGAUAGUUUGAAGAACUACGCGUUGAUAGAAAUCGAGAAGAUCCUACAGAGCAACGGCAAGAGCUUGCGGAAUUUUCACUCUAUGCCGAUGCCACUAGAUUCGUCGAUGGAUGACACGGAGAACCGAUUAGUGCUCGAUGAGUCGGACUACGAUGUAUUUGCGAUGACUAAAGAACUGAAACGAUAUCUUUCUUCUAUCACAGAUGAGCAGAGAAGGGUAUGCGAUGCCAUCAUGGAUGUUGUGUCGAAGAAUUGUGGCGGGAUGUACUUUCUCUACGGUCACGGAGGUACCGGAAAGACAUUUAUAUGGAGAACGUUGUCCGCUGCUGUCCGUUCGAAGGGGGAAAUAGUUCUUAAUGUUGCUUCGAGUGGCAUAGCAUCAUUGCUGCUUCCCGGUGGCCGGACCGCUCAUUCUAGAUUUGGACUCCCCAUCAUUGUGCACGAUGGUUCCUCCUGCAACAUUACACAGGAGAGUCCACAAGAAAAAUUGCUUAUAAAGGCCAGGCUCAUUAUAUGGGACGAGGCACCGAUGAUGCAUAGAUAUUGUUUCGAAGCGCUUGACAAGACCUUGCGAUCUAUCACGCAUGUUCCCAAACCAUUCGGUGGCAAGGUUGUCGUUCUUGGCGGAGACUUUAGACAGAUUUUACCUGUUGUACUGAAGGCAUCAAGGCAGGACAUUGUUCACGCUACGAUCAACUCAUCUCAGCUUUGGGAAUAA